GAAAAACAGAACAAUGGAACAAUCAGUCCAUUAUAUUGAGCUAUCGAAAAAUCCAAUACGUUUCGAUGCUGUUAGCCAGUUGACCAAUGUUUUCUUCGAUGAUUCCAAUAAGCAGAUCUUUGCAGUACGCUCGGGAGGUGCAACGGGUGUUGUGGUCAAGGGUCCCACAGAGGAUAAAGUCAUAUCGUUUUGUAUGACCGAUCGCGGAGCGAUACGUUCUAUAAAAUUCUCACCCGACAAUCAAAUAUUGGCCGUACAAAGACGUGAAAAUUCCGUGGAAUUUAUUUACUUUCAUGGUGAUCAACCACAACUGCAGAAUAUCAUAGUACAUCAGGUGAAAGCCUUGGUAUAUGGCUUUGUGUGGGUUCACAAUCGUGAAUGUGCCUUGAUAUCGAAUUCCGGCGUUGAAAUAUUUACGGUGAUACCAGAGAAGUCCCAAGUGAAGUCGAUAAAAUCAAUGAGUUUAAGUAUUAAAUGGUUUGCCUGGUGUUCGGAAGCAAAUAUUGCGGUACUGUGUACCACGGACAGUCAAAAUUCAUUGAUACCGGUGUUGAUCAAACAAAAAUCCAUUACGAAAUUACCAAAAUUAGAGUUGGGCAGUGGCAGCCGUGAAAUACAAGAGAGCAAGGUGACAUUGGGACAAAUCUAUGGUGUCAUGGCUGUUUUGAUAUUGCAACCCAGUAGUUCUGGCAUGAUUGAAGUGGAAGUCUACCUCUUAAAUGGCCCUGGCCUGGCUCCGCGUAAAUGUCAUGUCUUACGUCUUGGUCUUGUGGGACGUUUUGCAAUAAACACUGUCGACAAUCUCAUAGUAGUACAUCAUCAAGCAUCGGCCACAUCACUGCUAUUCGAUAUAUCUUUAAGCGGUGAAGUUUCCAAUGAUGUUACCUAUCACAAACCCAUAACAGCUGGCCGCUCCAUACGGCCAUUUGCUUUGAAAUUACCCAGCCUUUUGCCGGAUGGACAAAUUUUACAAUGUGAAUUAUACUCGACCAAUUGGGUUCUGUUUCAACCGAACAUUGUUAUUGAUGCCAAAUUGGGUUGUAUGUGGUAUUUACAUUUGGAUAUUGAAUCACUGUGUACUUUGAUAUCGGAUCGUAUUCGCCUCACCGAAUUUCUGUUGCAGCGAAAUAAUGGCAAGGUGGCAUUGUUGCGCGUCAUUCGCACCUUGGUCAAUGAACAGUAUAAUGGCUCGUUUCUACCCGUACUGGAGACAAUUUUCAAUAAAAUCAAUAAGGUUUAUGCCUCCUGGUUACAAUUGGAAUUACAAAAUCAAACCGCCCAACCUUCAAAUGUCAAAACAACACCCAAACUACCGGCACCACCCAAAGUAUUAAUCGAACAAUGUGAUAUGCAUAGUCAGGUCUUCCAAUCGAUUGCCGAGAAGCCGCAAUGUGAAACCAUUCUCCUGCUCUAUUUGCAAUCGCUGUGUCAACAUAACAUUUCAGCCCAAGAAGAUUUAAGUAAAAUGAUAAUCAAUGAAUUGAUACGUAACAAAAGUUUCGAUACGUUGCGUCGUUUGGUCGAAUAUUCCCUACUGAUGGAAUCAAAAGCUAUUGCCUGUUAUCUACUAUCACAUUCGAAUGAAGAUUGUGCAGUAUCUCAAGUUGCCUUAGAUAUGUUGAAUAAAAUUAAAGCAUAUGAAAUAGCCAUCGAAGUAUUGCUGGGUCAGGGUCGGGUAAUUGAUGCAUUACGUUUGGCCAUUAAUAGCACUGAAGCAGAACGUAUAUCGGCUAGAAAAUUUCUGGAAGCUGCUUUGAAAACUAAAAAUGAUAUUACCUUUUAUAAUGUCUAUAAAUAUUUUCAAAUGCGUAAUGUUCGGCAACAUGGUAGUACAGAUUUUUUGAAAAGUGAACAAUGUUAUGAAUUUGUUCAGCUUUAUAAUACUCUAUACAAUUGUGUUAGCCCCACACCAUGA